CCGCCGGUGCCCAAGCCACCGGCUUCGAGGGUAGAAGCUGGCUGCGGGAAGCCCGCCGCCACCUUUCUCAGAGGCCCGUUUCGGGUUGCUCUGCUGUGUUCCAUCGCCUCCUCCUAAAGAUGCAUCCUGACUUAUCUCCACACUUGCACACUGAAGAGUGCAACAUCUUGAUAAACUUGCUUAAGGAAUGUCACAAAAAUCACAACUUUCUGAAAUUUUUUGGUCAUUGCAAUGAUCUUGAUCGAGAGAUGAGAAAAUGCUUGAAGAAAGAGUACAUGGAAAAGAGGAUCAAGAGCAGGGAGCACGGUAAUACAAUGCGAAAGAGACUAUCUAAUCCAGAGGAAGCUGAGAAAUAAAGUAUACUUUCACUGGCUGCCUUGGCUGAGAGAAGACCUAAAGAGACUGGGUUGACCGCUGGAAGAAUCCUCACUCAUUCGGUCUCCAGCGUCCUUUGAGUGGGAAGGGACCCAUAAAACCAGCCACAGAAAGACCCAGAGAAACCUGCAUUCUGAAAGUAUUGGCAGAGCCUUUAGCCUCUCCUCUAGCAGCUUUCUCCCUUCUCACGGGCCUCCCUCCCCGCCUCACCUUAUGCUCCCUCAAUAAAACAAUCAAUUUUAAUCCCUUU